AUGUCUGAGGUUCAAGCGUCGGUCGUUCUCAGCCCCAUCAGCCCUUUGGGCCCCGAAUCCUCGAUCACCCGUAGCUUCACCCUCUCCAGCCGCAACCCUGUCUUCGAGAUCGGUCGGUCUUCCAAACGUGAGGUUAAGAACCGCACCCCCGCCAAGGAUAAUGGGUGGUUUGACUCUCGGGUGAUGUCUCGCGAUCAUGCUGAGCUGGGUUUCAACAUGGACAAAGAGAAGAUGAUCUAUAUUCGCGAUUUUGGAUCUACCCAUGGAACGUGGCUGAACAACGUCAAGCUCAUUACCGGCGAGGAUACCCCGUUGCUUAGCGGAGAUAUCCUGCGGUUCGGCGUUGAUGUUGACCGUGGUGACGAAGAGUUUCCGGCUUUGAGCGUCCGCUGCAACGUUACGUGGUCCGAGUCCACGCCCACCACCGAUCUUGACAUCUACUCCUGCGAGUCGUCGGACAUGCUAUACAACCAUACAGCUGAACCCGGACCGACCACAUUCGAAUCUAAGCCAGCAUCUGAGCUUCGUCCAAGCUCUUCUACCAAUACAUUUUGUGUUCCCGAUGACGACGAGAGUGACGUGGGGGAGAUUAAGGUUAAUCAAAUUUCUCCCUUCAAAGUCAGCGAUGGCGAUAUCACAGUCCUCUACGACGAUCGUCACGAGGACAAUUACCAGGCCUCGCAUGGGCACGAAUUGUCUAUGAAUUCCGGACCCCAUGACUCUGGCUGUGAGGAGUUGUUCCCCAUCGAUCAUUCACAUGAAGAGUAUUCGGAUUCGAGCAAUGGAGAGGAUUCGGAAUUCGACUCUGACCCUUCGUCCUUCAGUCAGGUCAGCGACGAUGAGGAAGACGAGGAAGAGGCAGAACACUUUGAUUAUUUAAAUCUCCCCAUUCCAAUCAGCGACGAUGACAAUUCAGGCUUGGAAGAUGAAUCUGACGUUGAGUCUGAUGCCCUCUAUGAUGAUGAAUACUCAGUCGGCCAGGGCGAGGAUGAGAAGGAGUGUAUCGACCCGAGCAUGCUGGCACACAAUGACAAUGAGCCACCUUCGGCUCUCGAGGAGGCUAUCCAGGACUAUACCCCGGCUAGCGUGACCCCCAAGCCGCACUUCAAGACUGAGGUUCAGGAGCAAGUUCCAUGCCCAAUGCACCACCAGCACAUUAUCUUCCCCACCCACUUCCCUCUGACUCCCAUUACUCCCGUGCUGGAUCACAAACGUGACGAAGACGAUGGAUCCCAGCGUCUUGGUCGCUUGAGCAUAGGUGACGUGCUCAAUAAUUAUCAAGAUGGACCCUUUGUUGGCCCCAGUGACGCAACAUCGAAGGAUGCUUCUUUGGAAGAAGAAGUAGUGGCCGAAUCUUCCAGCCCGGCUUCACUCAAGCGAAAGGCUUUUGAGAUGGAGUCCCAGGACGCUCAGAUUCCCGAAUCGAUCAUGUCACCCUCUGAAAAUUUGGACCUGGAGACAAUCUCCCAGUCCCAGGUUGCCGACGCGAUCAGCUCCGCGCUUUCAGAGAGCUCUGACGGCGAACGUCCCAACAAACGAGUCAAAGCUACCCACGAUACCUCCAACCAUCUCGCAAGCUACACGGCUACCGCCGUAAUCAGUGCCUUGCUGGGUGGUCUGGGUACCAUUGCUCUUCUGGCUUCGCUCCCAGCAGAAUAUUUCCAGUGA